AUGAGCACCAGCGCAUUCGAGGCUUUGCUUUCCCCACACUCCUUUUCUUCUGAACUUAAAGCUUAUGUCCUCGCUGUGCUUCCCGUUUUCCUCUACUUUGCCGCCAAGUCGAUUUCUUCUGGAAAGAAUGCCAAAAGCAAGCAGCCUUUGCCACCUGGCCCCAAGGGCAAGCCAAUAAUCGGUAACAUGUUGGAUAUUCCGCAAGUGAAGCCAUGGUUGGUUUACAAGCAAUGGGGCGAAACCUACGGAAACAUCGUCCAUGUCAACGCUCUGGGACAAUCUAUUGUCGUUAUCAACAAACUCGACCAAGUCAUCGACCUCUUGGAGAAGAGAUCGACGAAUUACUCUGACCGCCCAGGAUUGCCAAUGCUGGAUAUGAUGGACUACAGUUUCAGCUUCGGUCUCAUGCCAUACGGCCAGGACUGGCGUCGCCACCGCAAGGUGUUCCACCAAUAUCUCCAUGCACACAUGGUCCCCCGCUACAACCCUAUCCAAGAGCAAGAAGUUAUCCCGUUCGCUCGUAACCUCUUAACCUCCCCCGAAAAGUUCCUCCUCCACACCCGAGUUUUGUUCGCCUCAAUUAUCAUGCGAGCGUCGUAUGGCUUCGAGAAGGUCAACUACGACGACGAGCUGAUUUCUGACGCCGAAAACCUCCUCCACGCCUUCGCCGAGGUUAUUGUCCCAGGUCGAUACCUCGUCAACCACAUCCCCAUCUUGCGACACAUCCCCUCGUGGUUCCCUGGCGCAGGUUUCAAGCGCAAGGUUUGGGAAAUGUCUCGGUUGUCUGAGAAGUCUGUUUGCAUGCCAUUCGAGAUGGCCAAGCGACGCGGACGCGAGAAUGCUCUCCCCAGCAUGGCCACUGACCUGAUUGAACAGCUUCCCGCCGAGAAUGAUCCUAAACGCGAAGAGGAGGAAACCGUGGUCAAGAAAGCCAUUGCAAACGCCUAUGUCGCUGGUGCCGAUACCACUGUCGGUACCGGUCAUGCCCUCUUCCUAGCUCUCGCUAUGAACCCCGAAGUUCAACGAAAAGCACAAGCCGAAAUUGACGCCGUUAUCGGUCCCGGACGUCUGCCUCUCAUUCGCGACCGAGAGCGUCUCCCAUACGUUCAAGCAGUCGUGAAGGAGGUUACUCGCUGGCACACUGCGCUGCCCAUUGGUGUUCCUCGCAAGGUCACCGAAGACGACGAAUAUAUGGGAUACCACAUCCCCAAGGGGGCCAUCCUCAUGGUCAACCAAUGGGCUAUCAAUCACGACCCCGAACUUUACGACGACCCCAUGACCUUCAACCCCGACCGAUUCAUCAAGGAUGGCAAGCUUAAUCCUGAGGUUCCAGACCCCACUAACGUGGCUUUCGGCUUCGGUCGCAGGAUCUGCCCCGGACGUCACUUCAGCAACGAUUCCGUCUUCAUCCUUGCCGCGACCCUGUUUGCACUCUUUGAUAUCAAACAGUCUAAAGACGAGGCAGGAAACCCCAUCCCCCUCGAAUUGGAUGUCACUUCUGAUACCGUCUCUGCUCCUCUGCCCUUCAAAUGCGAUAUUGUUCCCCGUUCCGCUGCUGCUGUGUCAUUAAUUCAAAAAUCAUAA